AUGGUGUUCUUCCAGUGGGUGGAGCAGUCGGAUAGGUCAGGAAUUGGCUGGGGCAAGUUUUACAAUGCAAUGGCAAAGGUUCUCGGCCAUGAGGGCUGCAUCCAGGAGUUCUGCGAGGUCUUGCGGAAGAUGAGGGGUAAGGGGCUUGAGAUGGAUCGGGAUGUGUAUGUUACUGUCACCGACAGGUUCCUCAAGAGGAAGAUGGUUGAGGAUGCAGUGGACUUGUUCCGAUUCAUGGCAAAUAGGCCAGAGAAGCUCUCGAAGGAGGAUUUUGUUGUCCUGCUGAAGAAGGUUGUGGUCACCGGUGAUUUGGAUCUUAAGUUGGUAACAAGGGUCGUGAGAUACUAUCAACAUGCGGGCAAUGACGUCAAAGCCUUCACCUUUCAUUCUGUUCUCAAGUCAUUGAGGAGUGUGGCGAGGCUUGGGGAGAGUGGUAGAGUGCUCAGGGCGAUUAAGGAAGGUGGUUUUGCACCAGACAGUGUUGAUCAUGAGAAAGCUAUUCUUGCAAUGUGUGAUGCUGGCAAUCUUGAAGAAGCACACAAUUAUUUGGUUGAUGUGGAAAAAAGUGGCAACGAGAAUGUGGGUUCUGCCCUUGAGGCGCUGGUUUCUGGAUUAUGUAAGAAGAAAGGGGCAAAGGAAGCAUUCAAAGUUCUGAAGAACCUGGUGUCUGAAAAGAAUGUAGUUCCUUGGCAGACAACCUACAAGUAUUUGAUGCACAAGUUGAUCCGCCAAGGGCAUCUCAAACAAGCAUUUGAAGUGCUAGGUUUGAUGAAAAGUCACGGCUAUCCAUCAUUUAUUGAUCCUUGUAUCACACAUAUUUCAAAGUCCGGGACAGUGGAUGAUGCCCUGGGCCUGCUGAAUGUGACAUCAUCAAAAGGGUUGCCAUCAAGAACAGCUCAUGUGCGCUUGUUUCAAGCUUUGUUGAAAGAAGAUAGGCAUGAAGUUGCACAGCAGCUGCUUUCCCAGUCUCCUGCUAGCAUCCAGAACCAUGCUGAUGUUCGUGAUAUUUUCAGUAGGAUUAAGAUGGAAGAGCCCAUUCCAGCGGCAUUGGCAGAUGGCUGA